AUGGCGAACAGCUCAACUAGAGCCGCGGCCGACGGCGACUUCUUGGGAAACCCAUUCCGAACGCGAGAGGAUGUCAAGAGAGCUUGUAUAGCUUUACUGGAUCCUCUGCAUAGCAAAGCAUCACAUGGGGGCGCUGUGAUCAAGAUUGGAAGCACCGCAACCCACUACGACGAGAAGGCCGUCGCUCUGGAAGCUUUCGCAAGACCACUAUGGGGUUUGGCUUCUCUCCUAGCUGGCGGGGAGCAAUACGAUGGUGCAAAGCUUUGGGUUGAGGGGCUGGCUAGUGGGACAGACCCUGAAAGCGAGGGAUAUUGGGGUCCAUCGGCGGACAAGGAUCAGAGGAUGGUGGAGAUGAGCCCGCUGAGCUAUGCUAUCGCGCUUUGUCCGGAUAAGUUUUAUCAUAACCAAACACCGCAAGUUCAGCAAAACAUAUGCCUGUUCUUGCAGAGCUGUAUAGGCAAGCAUAUGCCUGACACAAAUUGGCUUUGGUUUCGUGUAUUCGCCAAUAUCGCUCUGCGAACCGUCCAGUCCGACUUCCAUAAAGGAGAACAAAUGCAGCGAGAUUUGUCUCGACUGGAAGAGUUCCAACUGGACGGGCAUGCCCCGAGCGGGGACGAUAGUGGUUCUGCAGGUUGGAGUCGGGAUGGGCCAGAGGACGUUCAACAACUGGACUACUAUAGCUCGAGCUUUGCUAUACAGGUGGCCCAGAUGCUCUACAGUAAGCUCGCUGCCACGGAAGAUCCUGUGAGGUGCGAUAAAUACAAGCAGCGAGCCCAAGAUUUCGUCAAAGACUUCUUCUAUUACUUUGCCGAAGACGGCUCUGCUAUCCCGUUCGGUCGCUCGAUGGUCUAUCGCUUCGCUGUAAUUGCUACCGCCUCUGUCCUACCUAUGGCGGAUAUUGAGCCUCCUGCACCCCUUUCUUGGGGUCAUAUCAAGGGCUUGGUGCUGCGCCAUCUCCGCUCUUGGAAUGAUGCUCAAGACAUCUUUCGAAGCGACGGCACUCUCAACAUUGGCUACCGUUAUGACUGUAUGAACAUGACUGAAAACUAUAAUGCUCCUGGCUCGCCGUACUGGUGUAUGAAAGCGUUCUCAUGUCUCGGUGCUUCCUCCGACCACCCUUUCUGGGCCAGCGAAGAGCUGCCCUGGCCUAGCGAUCUCUUUCCCAAGGUGAAGGCUCUCCCCGACCCAUCUCACAUCAUGUGUCGUCAAGGCGGCCAUACCUUCCUCCUAUCCUCGGGCCAAUCUCCUCAUUACGCCAUGCGUGCCGGCCCAGCCAAGUAUUGCAAGUUUGGGUAUUCUUCUGCCUUUGGCUUUUCUUGCCCGAGCGGCGAUAUGGAUAUCGCUCAAGUUGCGCCCGACUCGAUGCUUGCUCUCCGGGACGUGUCUGACGGGGUGGAUGAAGGAGAUGGUGAGACGUGGAGGGUACGAAGGAAACCUAUCGAGACGAGGCUUGAGCGAAGGGGGACGGACGGAGUGCAUCUUCGAGCAAAGUGGAAGCCCUGGCAUGAUGUCGAGGUUGAAACUUGGCUGUUCCCUCCCACCAGCCCCUCUUCCAGCUGGUACCUGCGCGUUCACAAGAUCACCUCGGGGAGAAAGCUCAGGUCGGUGGAAGGCGGAUGGGCGACGUAUGGACAAGGACCGGAUGGCCGAGCUCUGGUGCAGGACUUCUCCGGCGUCAAGAGCGAGGGCGGAGACGAAGAAGAAGGAUGGGCUCGAGCGGUGACUUCUGGUGGCGCUGUCGGGUUGAAAGACCUAUCAUUCAAGGGCUCUUUGGGCAAGCGUCUGGGAAAACUCGUCCAGAUUGACCCCAACACCAAUGUCAUAUUCCCGAGGGGCGUGCUACCCAGUCUUGUGGGUGAGAUUGACCAGGGCGAGACUUGGCUGGCUACUGCUGUGUUUGGUAAGCCGACCUGGGAGACAAGCCGAGAACGAGAGAGUGCUUGGAACAAUGUACCUGAAGUUUCGAAAGUGACUGGCUUUGUACUAUAG